GUGUUUCUUUCUUUAUACUCAAAAAAAAAGUCAGUGUAAAAAAAUACAGACUUUUUCAGGCUUUUCUUCAAAGGUAAUUUUACCAUCUCCACUUCUAUUCGUAAAGCAACCGAAGAAGAAGAACCAAUAUCAGGAAGUAGGAAUAUAAUUUGAUAGACUUUGCUUUUUGAAAGCGUCAAUGUUAGCUAAUUAUUUAUAAAUGUUCUAGAUUUGCUCACUCUGCACGAUCAUAAUUGCAGAUCUGGACCAUACACACGUUUACGACUGAAUUGUAAUGGGAGAUGGCGUCACCAGAAACUCAGCUCAUGCUAAGCAUUGGAUUAAUUGAGAAAGAUGUGAAUGCAGACACCUUGUGGGUGUGGUGCUAUCCCUCAGUCAGUGCUGAGCUCCGGGAGGUCCUGCUCAGUAAGUGCUGUCUCACACAGGACAGCCAGGUCCUGAACACCUUUGUGUUCGGCCAGUUCUGCCGUACCUGGUACUACAUAUCCACUGUAGAGGUACAGGAACCCACCGCCCUAAAGAAGGUCACACAUUUUUCAUUAGUUGUCACAGCAAAGGACUUCAACCCUGAGAAGUAUGCAGCAUUCAGUCGAGUACUAUGCAGGAUGUACAUCAAACAUGGGAGCCCAGUGAAAAUGAUGGAGGGUUACAUUGCAGUCCUCACCAAAGGCAUCUGCCAGAGUGAUGAGAAUGGCUCCUUUCUCAUCAAGGACUACGAUGUUAGGAAGGCGUACUUAGCAGGCUCAGUGAAAGAUGUGGUGUCCCAGUUUGGGAUGGAGACCAUCAUCCUAUACACAGCACUUAUGCUAAAGAAGAGGAUUGUGGUCCAUCACCCUCGGAUUGAAGCACUGUUGGAGUUCACAAGAGCUCUUCCAGCUCUGACAUGGCACAGGAAAGACUGGUCCAUUCUGCACCCUUAUGUCCAUCUGACUGACAGUGAGCUGGAGAAUCUCAGGAAAUGCACUGGAUAUGUCGCAGGAUUUGUUGACCCACAAGUGAGCAACAGAUCUGACUUGUUUGAUGUGUAUGUAAACCUACCAGAUACUGAGAUUACCGUAUCCCAGAGUGCCAAAGAGGCCAUGGCUAUGGGGAAGUUGCACAAAGACAUUGGCCUCGUCAUUGUCCAGUUUGCAGAGGAUGCUGAUAGAACAGAUGGGCAGGUUAUCAAGGACAUUUCCAUAAAGACGAGGGAGAUCCUUGCUAACCUGGCGUCCUUAGCUGAGGACUGUGAGAACUCUAAAAUCACCCUGGAGACCAUAAAGCAGCGUCACUUCCCGCCUGCUACCGAGAACUUCUUGUUCCACUUGGCAGCUGCAGAGCAGCUCCUCAAGAUAUGACCCUUGACCUCCUACAUCAUCUGGUGUGAGGUCACUCUGAAUAUUAGCAUGGGCAUUCAUCUAUGUAAUUAUACAUACAGUGCAUUCGGAAAGUAUUCAGACUUCUUGACUUUUUCCACAUUUUGUUGCGUUACAGCC